CAGCACGACUGUCUAUACCUUCAUCGAUUUACUGACUACAGAAUAACUUACAUAGUACAUGGCGGGUAUGUAUAUGGAUGGUAUCAUUAUCAUCGAGCUCCUCAAUAUUUUUCUCUCGUAUAUCUUGUAUGUCUACCUCUUAUUGGUGCUUUAUGUGCCCCAGAUGUGCCCACAUGUUUACAGAGUUCCUUAUCAAUUUGUGGGUUUUUCGAGAGGUUUGUUUGGGGUUAGCCUAUAUAUGUCCAUCAUGUCAUGUCAAAAUUUUGAUUCGAUUGAGGUCGUUUUUGAGUAUAUACAAAAGGUGGAUGUCCCCCGCGGAACAACACAAUGGCCCCCUCAACCUCUGGUGCUCUGCUACUGGCGACUUUGGCUCUUACUACAAUACUUGGUAGGGCCCAGAGCAAUUCAACCCUUCCUGUAUGCGCGGAAUCGUGUGCGGUGGUAGUUGGUGCGGAGGUAGCUUGCAAUGUUGAUGAUGGAUCCUGCUGUACCAAUUCUGCCUUCAUUGCGGAUGUCGAAUAUUGUGUGAACCUUGAUUGCACGACUACUGAACAGCAAGAAGCAACCUCGUAUUUUGAUUCGUUUUGCGGAGUUUCUUCGACUUCUGGUACCUCUCCAGUAUCAGGCUCGACAUCGGCUACUGCGACAACAGCCAAAACUACUGCUGCUGCCUUUUCCCUGACAUCUGCAGCAGCUUCUGCCACAACUUCUUCAUCUGGUUCGGGACUUUCUGGUUUUAACGGUAGCUUGGGAUGCGUUGUGACACCAAACGACUUGAUAAAGAUCGUCGUUGCUGUUGUAAUUGGGGUAGCUGCCACGUCCCAGCUUUAAUUCUCUUUUCAUCACUGCUACAUACUGUACAUACAUACCUACAAGGCGGCUGCGGCAUACGUUAUUUUUAUUUACAAAAUUCAAAUGCCCAACCGGACCGUGGCUUUGAUUCCAUCACUGUGAUCUGGUCACAACUCCGGCCGAGGUUGAACCAUCGGGUUUGAACGUU